GUACACCGGUAGUGACGCCACGGGCUGCGCAGUGCGGGUGUCUAGGCGUCGGUCGGGCUGCGGGUCGGAGCCGAUCGCCGGCUUUAAUUGGCGCCGAGGCCGAGCCAAGGAGCGGCCACCAGCUGGGGAAGAGUCGAUGUGACCCCCACAACACAGAGAGCCACCAUAUUGACGACCGGCCCACCGGAUGCUCCGCGAACAGGCCGUCAGGAGUGGGCCCUGACUGCGACGCGGCGCUGACGCGGUGUUAGACUUAAGAGUAGAGCGGUUUCUCUCCCGCGUGGAAUUGUGGGUAAUUAGACCGCCAUUAAUCCCUUCCGCCCAGUCCACCGACUGGUUGAAUGUGAGAUGGUGCUGGGUUUCCUCGUAUCCAGAUCUGGUGUGGUAGCGCUGGGGACGGAACUCAGGCCCGAAGAUAACGAUAAUCUUCUAAUUUCACAUCACCAGAGCAUUUUAUUAUCCCAGCGGAUAGAAGAACAAAUAUGAGUUGUGACUGGAGGGAAUGAAAACGGAAAAUGUUGUGGGACAGAGAGCAGUGGGCCUUUUCACACACUCAAUCCAUUCCGAUAAUUUACUGACCAUCUCAUACUUUCCAUAACCCCCUAUAAUUUUUAUAUGUAGAAAUCUGUUGAUCUUAGACUGACAGUUGAGCCGUCCGAGAUCUCAUUGCUGCAGAAGUCCAAAGAUAUGCCAACAUUUGAAAUAAGAAGCAAAGUAAUUAAUUUGGUCAUCAUCUUUACUGACACAGGGGGAUAUCUCCCUGUUCCCCAGGUCCAUGAACGGAUUCACUCAGUCAUCUGACCAGAUGAAACAACAGGAGGAUCAGUCCAAGGAGAGUCCAUUCACGUGCUCUGACUGUGGGAGGGGAUUCACUUAUUUAUCCUGUCUGCAGCGACACCAACGUAUACACACUGGGGAGAGGCCGUUCAUCUGCUCUGACUGUGGGAAGGCAUUUACUGAAUCAUCCUACCUGCAAGCACACCAGCGAAUACACACCGGGGAGAGGCCAUUUGCUUGCUAUGAGUGUGGCAAGCGAUUCAACUGGGCAUCCAGUCUGAAGAACCACCAGUGGGUUCACACCGGGGAGAGACCCUUCAUCUGCUCUGAGUGCGGGAAGGGAUUUACACGGUCAUCCAAACUGCGCAUUCACCAGCUGGUUCACACUGGGGAGAGGCCGUUCACCUGUUCAGAAUGUGGGAAGGGGUUCACUGAGUCAUCGGACCUUCGGGUACACCAGCGCAUACACACUGGGGAGAGACCCUACCCUUGCUCUGAGUGCGGGAAGGCAUUCAGUCAGUCAUCCAAACUGGUCAACCACCAACGGGUUCACACUGGGGAGAAGCCAUUCAUCUGCCUCGAGUGUGGAAGGGGAUUUACACGGUCAUCCAAACUGCGCAUUCACCAGCGAAUUCAUACUGGUGAGAGGCCGUUCACCUGCUCCGAGUGCGGGAAGGGGUUCACUCAGUCAUCGGACCUUCUGACCCACCAACGAAUUCACACUGGGGAGAGACCAUACUCUUGCUCCGAGUGCGAGAAGACAUUCUGUCGAUCUUCUGACCUGUUGUCGCACCAGCGGGCUCACGCCGCAGAGGCACUACCGUUUACCUGCUUCGAGUGUGGGAAGGGAUUCGCUUGGUCAUCGAGUCUGUUGAGGCACCAACAACUUCAUAGCGGGGUGAGGCAAUUCAUCUGCACCGAGUGCGGGAAGGGAUUUACACGGUCAUCCAGACUGCUCGCUCAUCAGCGAGCUCAUGCCGGGGAGAGGCCGUUCAACUGCACCGAGUGUGGGAGGGGGUUCAUGCAAUCAUCGCACCUUCUGACCCAUCAACGAAUUCACACCGGGGAGAGACCGUACGCGUGCUCCGAGUGCGGGAAGGCGUUCAGUCGAUCAUCUGACCUGGUGGCGCACCGGCGAAUACACACCGGGGAGAGGCCGUUCACCUGCUCCGAGUGCGGGAAGGGAUUCACUCAGUCGUCCCACUUGAUGAGACACCGACGGACUCACGCUGAAACGAAGCAUCACAUCUGCUCUGACUGUGGGAGGGGAUUCAGUCAGUUAACUGACCUGCAGAGACACCAGCGAACACACACCGGGGAGAGGCCAUUCACCUGCUCUGACUGUGGGAGGGGAUUCUCUCGGUUGUCCCACAUGCUGUCACACCAGCGAAUACACACCGGCGAGAGGCCAUUUGACUGCUCAGAGUGUGGGGAGCGAUUCAAGUGGGCAUCCAGCCUGAAGAACCACCAGUGGGUUCACACCAGGGAGAGACCCUUCACCUGCUUCGAGUGCGGAAAGGGAUUUACACGGUCGUCCAAGCUGCUGACUCAUCAGCGUGUUCACACCGGGGAGAGACCGUUCACCUGCUCUGAAUGUGGGAUGAGAUUUACACAGUCAUCUAAACUGCGCAUUCACCAGGUGGUUCACACAGGUGAGAGGCCGUUCACCUGCUCAGAGUGCGGAAAAGGAUUCACUCAGUCGUCCCACCUGAUAAGACACCGGCGGACGCACGCUGAAGAGAAGGUUUGAGUCCAUGGUACGUGCCCAGGGGGGCUUAACACUCCAGCUGCUGAGACACUAGCAGGUCCGUGGGUUCUGCAGUUGGUGCUGUUGUUCAUCGCGUCCAGUUUUGGAUACUGGUUAUUGGGCACAUUGGGGGGGAGGGGGGGUCACUCCCUGAGUUGGAGGAACAAUUCUAAUCAUCAUCAAUUGUAUAUAUAUCUCUCUUUCUGAACUCGAUGUGAGACAGCUGUGAAGAGACUGGCUGAACAGAUGGGCAAGAACAUGACAGACAGUCAAAUGUGUGAAAAUGGGAGGUCACCAAGCCUCAGUGAGAAAACUCCAGGGGUUAAAGUGUCUGUUUCUGCCACAGUGUCACAUCUGUGACUCUCUCAGUCUCAGGGUCUGUGGUCCCCUCAAUAUCAGGAUCUGUGUCUCCUUCAGUCUCAGGGCCUGUUUACACUGAGUCAAUCAGUGACACGGUCUGUGUCUCCCUCAGUCUCAGCGACUUUGUACCCAGUCUCCCUGGAUGCCUCCUGCAGUGGGAGGUGAGGCCUCGCUGGCCUCUGAGUCCAAGCAUGAUUCCACCCUUUAUCCUUGAGUCAGAGCUUUUUAAUCCAACUUGCCAGUCACAGAUAUAAUGUAAACAAGGACAGUCAGAUUAGUCGGAGAACUUGGAGGGGGGGAGGGAUGGAGAGAG